GAUCCACAGCCCUUUAUGAUUGAUUUUGUCAAGAUGAAACCGAACGGAUUUGCCUUUGGUCUCGUUCUGCUGUUAAUUUGCGUGGCCAAUCACGUCCAGUUGGCUCAGGCAGCCAACGCUUGCGGCAUUGGCGCGGUGUGCGGUUGCUCAGGAACUACUGUCGAUUGCCACGGAAACUCUCUCACAGCUAUUCCAGGCGGAAUCCCAACCGCCACGACGCAGCUGCUUCUGUACACCAACAAUAUCACCAGCAUUCCUGCAAACGCAUUCGCAAGCCUGACUCGGCUGACGAUCUUAACUCUGGACGUCAACCAAAUCACCAGCAUUCCUGCAACCGCAUUCACAGGCCUGAGCGCGCUGACGCUCUUAUCUCUGGGAAGCAACCCGAUCACCAGCAUGUCCGCCUCGGCAUUCACAGACCUUACCAAGCUGACACAAUUAUCUCUGGACAACACCCCGAUCACCAGCAUUUCUGCAAACGCAUUUGCGGGCUUGAGUGCGCUGACACAAAUGUUUCUGUAUCAAACCCAGAUCACCAGCAUUUCUGCAAGCGCAUUUGCAGACCUGCGCUCGCUGCAAAAGUUGUAUCUAUACGGCAACAGGAUCACCAGCAUUUCUGCAAACGCAUUCACGGGCCUUACCAAGCUGGCUUACCUGGAUUUGUCCUACAAUCAGAUCACCAGCAUUUCCGCAAACGCAUUCGCAGACCUGAGCUCGCUGACAGACUUGCGACUGUACUUCAACCAGAUGAGCAGCCUGGCUGCAAAUACAUUCACAGGGUUGAGCGCGUUAACUCAAUUGAGUCUGCUCAACAACCAGAUCACCGCCAUUUCUGCAAACGCAUUCACAGGCUUGAAUGCACUGAAACUCUUGUAUCUGCACAACAACCUCAUCACCACUAUUGCUGCAAACUCAUUCGCAGGCUUGCCCUCGCUGACUGUCUUGCAAGUGUACAACAACACGAUCACCAGCAUUUCCGCAAACGCAUUCACGGGGCUGAGCGCACUGACAAUGUUUCUGCUGAACUACAACCAGAUCACCAGCAUUCCCGCCUCUGCGUUCACAGAGCUGACUACACUGCAAGUCUUGGCUUUGGAUAACAAUCCCUUCACCACUUUGCCGCCGGGUCUGUUUCAGGGCUUGCCCAAUAACUUGUAUUUGUCGGCUCCUGAUUUUUAUUACUACAAACCAUUGUACCCCAACAACUUUACCUUUGGCGGGAAUACUGUCGCUCCGCCCAGCACAUACGGCAGUGCAUCCGUACCGUACCAGUGCGAUACAGCCUGUGCUACCUGCUUUGCUGCUGGGUCUAGUUCUUGUUGCGGGAUCAAUUGUCUGACCUGCAAUUCAUCUGAUCCCUGCACUCAGUGCUAUGACGGAUACGGCAUGCUGAGUGGAUCCUGCGUUCCGUUCCCUUCGAUUGCUUCUGCUUCGGCUGCGUCUCUUGUGUCCGCUGUCUCGGCAUCCGUUGCUUCCCUCGAUGCUGCGUCCUCAGCGUCAAUGGCCACUGAGGCGUCCGCGUCCGCUGCCAGUGCCUCAUCCGUUUGGCAGACAUCUGCCGCAUCUGCCGCAUCUGCAUCCAAUGCUCCAAAGGAUUCAAGUGAUGCAUCUUCUGGGCCUAUUAUUGGAGGAGUGAUUGGUGGCGUGUUUGCUCUCCUGUUGUUGGCUGCGCUGUUUGUCGCCCUUCGGCGCCGUCGCUCCCGAAAGCCAUUCGCUACUACCAGCGCGGGUUACCACUCUAUGGAAUAACAUCCCAUUCGACCUGUGGCUCUCGUUGCUCUGCGAAUCCAAGCUUACAACAUUCUCACGCCUUGUGCCGUUAGCUUGUCGGAAGCUGCCUCGGCUUAUUGUGUCUGCAUUCAGUGCUAGUGUGCCGCUCGCCUCCUCGCCGACUACUGACACGAAGAUCGACGUAGUCCGAGAGUGAUGUCGACUUUGUUGUUUGCCGCAAACCUCUUGCUUGUCUGGUUGUUCGAACGCAUUGUACAUUUGUGUCUGUCAUUGUCAUGCGGAACAUCUCAGAAUAUUUGAUUUUGCUCAGAAG